UUCCGACUCAAAGUAGGCUUUAGCUAACUGAAACUUCAGAAGUGUUCAUUUGCUUUUCAGUCUUAUCGUGCGAUUCAAGAGCGAGGCCAAGGAGGCACAGUGUCCACUGGGCGAUAAAUUUGGGUGCAAUGCGUGUGUGGAUGCUGCGGCCCUGAUGCUGCUGGCGAAAUCCCUGGACCUCAAGGUAACCGGCACCAGUUUCCACGUAGGCUCCUGAUGCAGAGAGCUGGAGGCCUACGGUCGGGCUAUCAAAAAGGCGAAAAAUCUCUUCAAGUUUGGCGCGCUGCUCGGCUACGACAUGGACUUUUUGGACAUAGGAGGAGUUUUUCCCGGCAGCGAUGAUGGAAAUUUUAAAAAGAGCAGCCAGAACCAUCCCGGGUGAAUGUCAAAAAUCUAUGGUGGAUCAGUUUCAAUCUGAUCGUGAUGAUGAGCGGCGGGCCGAAAAUUCAGUACUACGAGGGAGAGCUCAACAUUCGUCGGGUGAUCGAGCAGGCCGAUUUGCAGAACUUGGAUCAGGCUCUCAACAUCUGUGAUCUGUCAAGUCUCGAGCGGAAGCUUCGACUGUGGCAAAAACUUCUGCCAAGGAUAGAACCCCACUAUGCCGUUAAGUGCAAUGACAAUCCGGUGCUAGUCAAGUUUCUGGCGGAUCUUGGAACAGGAUUCGACUGCGCCUCCAAAAACGAACUGAAACUAGUCCUAGGGCUUGGCGUGUCACCAGAACGUAUUAUCUUUGCUCAUCCCUGUCGCCCCGCCAGCCAUUUAAAGUAUGCCAAGGAGCAGAAGGUCGUUAAUGGCACGGUGGAUAAUGAGUUCGAGGUGUACAAGCUGCGCAAGCACUAUCCGAACUCCAAUCUCAUCAUAAGGUUCAAGAGCGAGGCCAAGGAGGCGUUGUGCCCAUUGGGCGAUAAAUUUGGCUGCGAUGCGGAGACAGACGCCGCGGCUCUAAUGCUUCUUGCCAAAGCCCUGGAUCUGAAGGUGACUGGCACCAGUUUCCAUGUGGGUUCCGGAUGCAGCGAGGUGGAGGCCUACGAUCGGGCUAUCGAGAAGGCCGAAAACAUUUUUAGCUUUGGCGAGCUGAUAGAUCAUAAGAUGGAUUUAUUAGACGUUGGCGGAGGCUUUCCUGGCACAGAUGAUGAAUUGUUCGAGAAGAUAGCUACCGUUGUUAACACCUCGGUGCAGCUCCGUUUCCCCGAUGAGCGUGUCCGCAUAAUUUCCGAGCCAGGACGUUUCUUUGUGGAGGCUGCCUACACAUUGGUCUGCAAGGUUCACGCCAAGCGAGAGGUCCGUAACAAAAAUGGAAAGCUGGAGACAAUGAUGUACUACCUCAAUGAUGGCAUCUAUGGAGUCUUUGCAGCCAUGUUUUACUAUCCCGAGGUGCUAACUCCUAUCCUUUACCUGGAUGAAUCCGAGUCUCUGCCGAAGUUCAAGUCUGUGAUUUGGGGACCCAGCUGCGAUGCCCUAGAUAAGGUAUCGGACGAUUGGAGAUUGCCGAUCUUGAACUGUGGCGAUCUUUUGGGUUUUCGCAACAUGGGAGCCUACACAAUGCCCAUUGCCAGUCCCUUCAACGGAUUCGAUGUGCCCGAGACAAGGUACUUCCAGCAAAGCGACAUAAAGUUGUCUUUCACGCAGGUAUCCACCACUUAAAGUAAAAAAGUAAUCCCCGAAAUAAAAAGCAAGACAAAACACAAAGCAACUGUUCCCAAGAUUGCAUACUGACUUGUUGAUAAUGAGAACAAAGUGCUUAAGACAGAAAGCUCAGAAAACUACAAACUGCGCAAACCCAAAAAUCUCAUCGGACAGACAGACGGACUUGGCUAGAUCGACUCGGCUAGUGAUCCUGAUCAAGAACAUAAAUACUUUAUAG